AUGCCAAAGACGAAUCUGCCGUGGAUCCCGGCCGAGGAGGCAUAUCAGACGUUAGACAGGCCAAUGUCCACCUCUGAGCCGGGUACCUCAUCCGUACCCCCGCCGGUCCCCCAGUCGACGCGACGACGCUAUCUGACCAACAGCUUCCGCUCCAAGUCAUUCGACGGUCGGCUGGAUCUGGAGACACUUCCCGAGGCGCACGAUGAAGAAGCCGAGGAGGCCAGGCUAGAAGCUGAAGAAAAACGGGCCUCCGAAGUGCGAUUACGCGCCAAUCCUCCUGACGCACGAGAAGAAAACAAUAAUCAAGUCGAUGCCAGGUGCGGGGAACGGUCGAAAGACACGAUACGCCGCCCUUCCCACGGUACCGUACGCUCCAUCGCCCGGCAUCUUUCCGAGAAACAAAAAACGCGUACCGUCGAAGAACGCGCCCGCCUAGCUAAACAUCGCAUGAGCAUGCCCGAG